CGUCCUCCUUCGCCCUCUCGUCGCCGUCGCUAUCGUCGAGAGUGGUGCACUAUGUACCCCAUAGCCGACCUCACCGCCUUCUGCCGCAGGACUUCGGGAGAUGUCCCUCCCAAACUCGUCGGGGCUUCGACCACCGUGGUGGGCUCCAAGAUGUAUCUUUACGGCGGUCGUCUCGUGGCAGAACGCAAGAUGGUUUCUGACAUUUAUGUAUUCGACUUUGAGACCUUGCGUUGGGAGAAGAUUGCUCAACCACCGGAUGAUCACGUCCCUCAGGCACGCUAUUUUCAUAGCGCAGAUACAUGGAACAACCACCUCAUCAUUUUUGGGGGAAUGGCCAUCAGCCUUCAGUCCGACAACCCGGAGGACCUCUGUGUCCUCAACGACGUCCGGCUCUUCAACCUCGCUACCCACCGCUGGGUUCCCUCCAAAGAAUACCCUUCGUCCUCCCCUGUGCCCAAAGCGCGCUACGCCCACCUAUCUUCUGUCAGCGCACACAAGUUGUUCAUCAUUGGCGGCCAGGAUCUCAAUAACGUCUGGCUUGAUGACGUCCAUGUAUACGAUUUGUCACUCGGAGACUGGAUUACCCGGCGAGAUUACCCACGACAUUGCGGCACCUACCGUUCUGUUGCCGUGACGGCUGACAGGCGUGUCCGCCUGCCACAGGAGGAACGUCAGAAUACUGCCCAUCUUGGACCUCCGGGCGUGCGAUUCAAUACCCACACGAAUGCCCAGCCGAGUCCGGACGUGACCCAGCCAGGCUCUUUUGUCCAUCUUCCGUACUCUACUGAUCCAACGAUUGAAUUCCCUUGCGACGUCUUUCUGUUCAGCAACUAUAACUUCACAGAUGUACAGCGAGAGCUGGAAGUUCUGGCGCCCUUGCCGAACAACGACUUUACUGUGUCAGAUCGCUCGUCGGCAAUGACCGGCCAAUUCUUCCCUCCCGGACUACGUUUCCCGACGGGUGCCAUUCUCGGCACGCACUUCAUCGUCGCGGGAACCUACCUCUCGCAGAGCUUCCAAUCAUUCUCCAUCUGGGCACUAGACCUUGUCGCGAUGACCUGGUCACGGAUAGACCCGGGGAGCACACUUUCAGGCACGAGCGGGUCCUGGUUCCGUAGCUGCCUCUGGACAGAGGCGAACAAAUACCUAGUGUUCGGGAAUCGCCACGGCAACCUCGUCGAAGACUACAACCGCCGCCUACUUAGCUGGGAUCACGUAAUCGUCAUCGACCUGGAGGCAUUUGGCAUUUACCAGCCCCCACCGCUAGUGAUCGAUAUCCCUCAGCAGGAGCUUGGUCUUGCUGCACUAGAGGAGGGUGUUCUUGCCGAUUUCGAGGUCAUUUGUGACGAUGGCCGCAAGAUCAAAUGCUCGCGCAAAUUGCUUGAAAGCCGCUGGCCUUGGUUCAAGAAGCAACGGCAACAGUUUCUCCAGGCUGCCGUACGCGCUAUGGAAACUGUGCCGUCGAUGCCUGCAGAGACACCACUUCCGGAGGUCCAUGCGGCUUCCGACAAGGGCGAACAACGUCCUGACCCACGCCUUAUGGCGCGGGCGCUCAACCUUUCCGAACCGUAUCCCAUCACUCUCGCGUUCUUGCAAUAUCUGUACUCCAUGGCGCUGAUCACUCCCUUGCAACAUGCGCCUGCUGUGCUCAGUCAGCUCCUACUGCUAUCGAGUACGUACGACUUGCCACAUCUUCAAUCGUUGGUCAAACAUGCCAUGCAUCGGACUUUAACUUUUGCAACGUCGGUUGGCAUCUACGGUGUGUCCACGUUGUGCAACUGCAGAAGUCUACAGAUUAGAGCAUUGCGCGUGGUAAUGGCAUAUAGCCAAAAGCGACCGAAUGCUGGACGAGCUCGGACUGACAAGGAUGGAUCUGGGGGAAGCCGACACCACGAAUCAAACGGGAGUGGCUCAGGUCCUGGGGGUCACACCUCCGAGCAAAGGACUACGACACGGCCUCGUGGUAUGUCGGAUGCAUCGUACAUGCAGACAUCGGAUGGUGCAAACGCCAUGGGGCUUGGAAGGGAGUAUGCCAACGGUACUGGUAGGCAACGAGUGUGAUAGCUGGCAUGGACGAUACCCGCUCACUGCCUCUCGAAUUAAUUUAGUGUCUCUGCAUUCUAUCCUGUCAGAAUCGAAUCUUGCUAUGCUCCUCGAAGAAUCUAGACGCUGUUUU